CCUCCGACACCUGUGACCCCCGUUGUCCUGUCCGCAGUGUACAUCUAUAGCCAUGGCGAUUGCUCUGGCUGAGGCGGAUAAGUAUGAGAUCUUGGAGAAGAUUGGUUGUGGCUCCUUCGGCAUCAUUCGCAAGGUCAAGCGGAAAUCGGACGGAUUCAUACUAUGUCGCAAGGAAAUCAAUUACAUCAAGAUGUCCCAAAAAGAACGCGAACAACUCACUGCCGAGUUCAACAUCCUGAGUUCUCUCCGUCACCCGAACAUCGUCGCGUACUACCACCGUGAACACCUCAAGGCUAGCCAAGACCUUUACCUUUACAUGGAAUACUGUGGUGGCGGAGACCUUGGUAUGGUCAUCAAGAACCUAAAGAAGGCCAACAAGUACGCCGAGGAGGAAUUCGUAUGGCGCAUCCUUUCCCAGCUGGUCACCGCGCUUUACCGCUGUCACUACGGUUCCGAUGCUGUCGAGGUUGGAUCAAACAUCUUGGGCCCUGCACCAAAGUCCUCUGGUUUGAAGGGAAAGCAGGGGCAAGUCACCAUUCUUCACCGCGAUUUGAAGCCUGAGAACAUCUUCCUGGGUAGCGACAACUCUGUCAAACUUGGUGACUUUGGCCUGUCCAAGCAGAUGCAAUCCCACGAUUUCGCAUCGACAUACGUUGGUACUCCCUUCUACAUGUCUCCCGAGAUUUGCGCCGCCGAGAAGUACACCCUGCGCUCGGAUAUUUGGGCCGUCGGCUGCAUCAUGUAUGAGCUGUGCCAGAAAGAGCCCCCUUUCAAUGCGCGAACACACAUCCAACUCGUUCAGAAGAUCCGGGAAGGCAAAUUCGCUCCCCUGCCUGACUACUACUCUCCUGAGCUGAAAAAUGUCAUCGGAAGCUGUCUGCGUGUCAACCCUGAUCACCGACCGGACACCGCCUCCUUGAUCAACCUUCCCAUUAUUCGCCUGAUGCGCAAAGAGAAGGAAGUAGUGGAUCUUGGCAAGACCUUGCGUCGACGCGAAGAGGUUGCUGUCCAAAAGGUUCGUGAGAUGGAACAGAGUCUGGCUAAGCUCGACAAGGAGAAACAGCAGAUCAAGGCUGAGAUCGAAAGCACCGUUCGUCGGGAAUGGGAAGUCAAGGCACGGUUGGAGAUCGACCGCCAGGUUCAAAGCGAGCUCGACCGUCUUCGCAAGCGCUUCGAGGCGGAGGUCCAGGAAAGAGUCUCAAUUGAGUUGCAAAAGCACAAGAGAAACAGCAACCCGAACCCCCGCGAGGAUAUCUUCCGGACUAGUCUGCAGCACUCGAGCUCGGGAUCCUCGGGCCGGGCCAGCCAAAGCUCGCGGUCCUCUGGAGCCUUGACUGAAGACAGUGAUGCACCUUCCAGCGCAGACCUGGCCCAGCUCUCGCUUGGAUCGCCGACUUCCAAUGAGAAGAAGCAACGACAGAAGAGAGAGACCCGUACCCCAUUCUGCCGUUCGAAGACCACUGUUAUGGACUCACCUCAGGAUGUGCAAAUGGCCGAGCCAUCUCCCAUGUCAAUCGCUUCGCUCUCCCUCUCCCCUCGUCGCACCUCUGCUGCAGGUGGUGCUCGAAACAUCUUUGCCGAGGCCGAGCGUCAGAAGGCCAAAUGGGAGCCUACCCUGGCCUACUCCGAUGACGAGGAUGAUACCCCUGAUCUCCCUUCUCCCACUCGUCCCAAGGUGAAGCCGGAUCCAUUCAAGGCUCCCCGACGCCCUCUUCUCCGACAGAACACGGCAGCCAUGAUGCAGAAAUUGAGCACCCAGCCUCCUCUCUUCCCAUCUGGCGGAUCCCGCCUACCCCAGGUGUCUGGCGGUCCCUCUGCUUCCCAAUCCGAGGCACAAAAUACGGGCAGCGAGGGCCGCGCCAGAUCUCCUCACCGUCGACUCUCCAAGAUCCCCUCAUCUUCCAACCUUGCAGCGGACGCCGGAUCAUCUACCCGCAGCAGGAGCGGCUCCAAGCAAUCUCCCACCAAGGCCGGCGGUGGUGAGGAGAUGUUCAAGGCCGUCAUGCAGCGCAACAUGGGUGGCCGCACCCUCGUCGAACUCGCCCAGGCACGCGCCGGUGGUCGUCCGGCCGACGAAGUCAAGCGUUGCGCCAGCGACUCUCGUGCAACUGCGCCGUCUUUGAAGUGCUCUGACCGCGAACCCCCAGCGAUCUGGGACCCCGAGCGCGACGAGAUGCCCAGUCCCUUCCUGGCUCGCGGCAAGAAGGUCAUCCGCAACCUCCGGUGA